GAGUGUGCGCAUGCGUGGAUGAUCCGCGCUGGCCAGGACACCCGGAAGUGGGGCUUUCCGUUAUGGCGGCGGCGGAGGCGGGCGGCUUCCUCCGCUUUUUUUUUUUGGACUUAUUUUGUUUGCUUUCUGUUCUCACGUGUCGCUCAUUAGCAUCGAGCGCCGCUGAUUCGCGAAGGCCAUCGGAAUUUUUUUCUUUUCUUUUUGCGAUCGAACCGAAGUCGGCGUGAUGCUGUGGCGCGUCCAUUGGGAGUUGGGCUCCACGGCUGACGCCGUGCUUUUGUGCUCCCUCGCGGCCGCCCUGUGGUGCCUGUGGGGCCGCAAGAGUCAGGGUCCAACGUCCUCAGCACGUUCGCCACAGAUUCCGCAAACUAAGAUCGUCGUCGUUCUAAAAUCGUUGGUGGUCUUGAAUUGUAACCGCGUCCUUCCCGCCGCGCCAGAAACCGUCGCUGGUGUGCAGCGAGAUGUUCCGCGACUUCCUGCGGGAGCACUGCCCCGCCGUGAGCGAGAGCUUCAGCCCGACGCCGUGGUGCUGGGGGGGCCGGCUCCAGACGCUGCUCUGCGUCCUCAUCAAGUCCAGACCGCACGUCGCUUACCGCAACGAGCGAAUCCGCACGCCCGACGGCGGUCAGAUCUCGCUGGACUGGGCGGACAACGACGGCAGCGCCGCCUACCCGGAAGCGUCCACGCGGCCCACCGUGCUGGUCCUGCCGGGCUUGACGGGCGACAGCCGCCAGACGUACGCGCUCCACGCCGUCAGGCGGGCCGCCCGCCACGGCUACAGACGCCGCAGACUUUCUGCGCGGCCGACACUUCCGAUCUGGAGCAGGUGGUCCGACACGUUAAAAGCCUGUACCCGCAAUCGCCCCUUUUCGGCGCCGGCAUCUCCUUGGGAGGCAUGUUGCUGCUGAACUACCUGGGCCGCAAGGGCGCCGAGUCGGGCCUGGUGGCGGGCUGGACCGUCUCCGCCCCCUGGGACGCGCUCAAGUCGGCGGACAGCAUGGAGGAAGCGCUCAACCGGCUGCUCUUCAACCGACACCUCACGCGAGGCCUUUGCGACGCCGUGCGCAGGCACAGGCGGGUUCUGGAGAAAGUGGCGGACAUCGAGCACGUCCUCGAGGCGCGCACCAUCCGUGAAUUUGACGAGCGCUUCACGGCGCCGCUGUUCGGCUACGAGUCCUGCACGGAGUACUACCGCCACGCCAGCCCCGCCGAGCGGCUCUCCCGGACCGCCGUGCCCGUCUUGUGUCUCAACGCCGCCGACGACCCCUUCUCCCCGCAACACGCGUUCCCGUUGGGCGCGGCCAAGGAGCUGCCCAACGUGGCCCUGCUGGUGACGGCUCACGGCGGCCACAUCGCCUUCCUGGAGGGUUUGUUCCCGCGCGCCGCCGGCUACAUGGAGCGCGUCUUCGGCCAGUUCGCGCGAGCCGUCCUGGAGCACCCGCACGACGCCCGCAAAGCCUGCGGCCUGCCGGGCGGCCUCAACGGGAAAUGAGCCGCCAG